CAGGCGAUCUUAAAGCUGUUGAGUUGGCUGGAAAAUUAAAAAAAAAAAAUCAAUCCAGAAGGAAUCCAGGAAACCAUAGCCACACCGUUGUCCUAAAAACAACAGGACACAAAGAGGUAUUUAUUUUUUUGAAAACUUUUUAUAUAGCAGGGAAGUUUAAAAAGUUGCAUUGAAAGAUGGCGGCUCCUAAUUGGAUAAGACUGCCCCCUUCAUCUGCAUAGCUCCGCCCUUGAAAAGUGACCCAUUUAGGGAAACAGAUGCUGCCCUGUUACCACCCCUGUGGGGGAGACAAUUUGCUAUAAGCCCUUGAGGUCCAUUUUUUCUUGGUUAUUAUUAUUAUAUAUAUAUAUUUGGGGGGGGUUGGUUUUGUUUUCCUUCUGGGAAAUUUGCAAGUUUCAAAUGUCCGUGGAUUUGAUUUCAUAAGGUUGUGCAAGGCAGCCCAAUUUUAUGAGGGGGGGGGACAGACAGCGGGGUCCAGGGGAAAGGAUGCAAAGAAGGAAUUUCUCUCUUCUCGCCCCCCCCAUAUAUAUAUUUUAAACUCAAUAAGUGGGUUGGCUUUCCUCUAAUUUAACUCUUCCUCUUUCCAAAUUGGGAGGGGGAGUUGAAAUGGGGAGAAGGGCAGGUUGAGGGGAGGCGAAAGAGGGGGAAGGCGGCUGAGGAAGUUUAUGGACUCCAAGAAGGGCUGUGUCAGUCAGUUUCAGGCGAAAACAGCACAGCGACAGGGGAUGGGUCAAUUUCAACUUGGAUAGAAAAAAACAAAGUUUGGUUCCAACUUUUGACCCAAGGGAAGUUUUCUGGAGCUGUGGCGACGGUGCGCUGGGGAGGAUGGGGGGUGAGCGGGGGAUAGAUCCUGAGUAAAAAGUUUGGAGAAGUUCUUUCUCUCGCUGGUCCACAAGCUUACACAGGAGAGACCUGCAGAGAGAGAGAGAGUGAAAGAAACAAAAAGAGAGAAAGAAAGAAAGAAAGAAAGAAAGAAAGAAAGAAAGAAAGAAAGAAAGAAAGAGGAAGGAAGGAAGGAAGGAAGGAAAGAAAGAAAGAGAAAGAAAGAAAAAGAAAGAAAGAAAGAAAGAAAAAAAGAAAGAAAGAAAGAAAGGAAGAAAGAAAGAAAGGAAGAAAGAAAGAAAGAAAGAAACGGAAUAUAAUAAGGACUCCCACACACCCUCAGAAGCAGGCCCACACAAACACACAUACACGCGCACACCCCACCGGGGAAACGUAGGAGGAGGAAGAAAGGGGGGGAGGGUGGAAAUCAAAGCAGAGGGGAAAGUUUUUGGGGGGGCCGGUGAGUUGCUUUGGGGGGAGCCAAGGGAGGCUCGCCAGAUCGCAGCUCCUGGCCGGCCGGCCGGGCGGGGGUCUUCUGCCCCACAAGCUGGAUCCGGGCGCGAUGGAAGCGGUGGCCGCCUUCGGGAUGGACAAGCAAUUCGUCCCCAACCCGGUCCGGAUCCUGGAGCCUGCAGACAACCCCCAGGCGCGCAAGAACUUCAGCGUCAGCCACCUCUUGGACCUGGAGGAAGCGGCCGUCGGCAUGAACGGGACGCCCCGGGAAAGCGGCGCGGAGGCUCGGGAGGGCGGCAAGGGGGCUUUCGAGCCCUCCGGGGGCAGCAGCGGCAGCGAAGCAGGAGGACGAGGCGGAGGAGGCGCGCUGCGGGAAGGGGAAAGCCUGAGUCCAGCCCACUCCUCCUCCUCCAAACGGAAGAAGAAACAGCGGAGGAACCGGACCACCUUCAACAGCAGCCAACUGCAAGCUCUAGAACGAGUCUUUGAGAGGACGCAUUAUCCAGAUGCUUUUGUGCGGGAGGAGCUGGCCCGAAGGGUCAGUCUUAGUGAAGCCAGAGUCCAGGUCUGGUUUCAGAACCGGAGAGCAAAAUUUCGCCGGAACGAGAGAGCGAUGUUGGCCAACCGGUCGGUAUCGCUCCUCAAAUCCUACACCCAAGACACAGCCAUUGAGCAGCCUGUGGCUCCCCGGCCCACCACCCUCAGCCCCGACUAUCUAUCGUGGUCAGCCACCCCCCCCUACAGCAACACGAUGCCUUCAUACAGUUCCAGCACUUCCAGCACCCCCACCCCGGGCGUCAACAUGGCCAACAGCAUUGCCAGCUUGCGCCUGAAAGCCAAAGAGUUCAGCCUCCACCAGAACCAGGUGCCCACUGUGAACUGACGUGCUCACCCUUUCUCGAUGGUCAACAGCAACCUUGGCAAUCUCCACCAUUCAAGACUUCGGGGAUAUUCACGGUCCAUCAGGGCUCAAGACUCUUCCCCUGCCCCCCAGCGUCUCCUUCCCUUGAAGACCACAGGAGAGAGCAUCAACCAACUUGAGAAACUUCUUGAAGCUCCCUUGGGGAGGAGGCGUUGCCCAGCCUCUUCAAGAUCAUGAUGGUGGACCAUGGUGGUGGACCAUGACUUCUUCAAGGAAGAGCAAAUGAUCCAGAAGACGUGGCCAUCCAGAAAUGAAGAUAUGGAACUUGGAGAGCUUUCCCGCUUGGGUUGGAAGCUCAAAGAUCUAACUCUUCAAGAACAUUUUGGCUUCAAGAACCCAAAUAUAAUCUGGUUAUUUCAUGGUCUUUUCAACCCCGAUUAUCUCAUCCUUUCCUGGGGAUGGUGACCUUGGAGCCACCAAGAUUUGGCAUGGAGCAGUUUUUAUUCCAAAUUGGGGAGGGGGGGGGAACGUCUCUCCUGUAGAGGUUUCUUUGUCCUUCUCUGCUCUCUGCACGUGUGUCAAGGAAAAGUAGCUCUGCCUGGCUUCAAAACAGAAACAGCGCUUGCUCUGAUUCCCCCUAUGCCUUGAAUUCCUCAGGAGGGCUUGUUUGGAACAGGGACGGCAGCUGAUAGCCCUCAGCCCACAGAUAAGCCAGCAAAAAGUUUGAUUGUGCCACUGUGAUUCCUUUAAAACAGUUUGCAAAAUGCACAUUUGUGGAUGCUGCUUAAAUCAGAGGGCUGAUUUGCAGCAGGGGAAGGGGGGGGGGAGGAAAGGACACUGAAUUUUUAGCGAUGAAAGACGGGCAGCUGAGGAGGGGGCAAUGCAGAAAAAAACAGGGCUGGGGGCUGCAAUUAAAUCAUUGCCCUUGCAAUAUCCGUUUGCAUUCUCACAAUCCUCGCUCUGUUUUACUUUUCUCCAGCUCUCCUCAGCCGGAUGGGGGUGGGUGGGGAGAGGGAAGGUACAUAUUAAGGAGGGUAACAUUUCGCCCCAAAUUUGGGGUAUUUUUCAUUUUGUUCUGUUCUUUGUGAGAAGCUCAUCACAUUCCAGCAGGCCGGUUCAUCAGCUUCCAUUCCCCAGAACUCCCAGUGCUCAAUUUAUGACCGCUUUGAAGUUAUGAUGGGGGCUGAAAAAAAGGACUCGUGGCUGCUUCUCACACUGUUGCGGUGUCUACGUGGUUGUGUAAUCAAAAUUCGGAGUGCUUGGCAAUCGCCAGGGGUUUCGGAGAGUCACAGCCACCCAGGAACAUGUGGCCUCCCUUUGUGAUCUUUCCAGACAGACAAAGUCAAUGGGGAUGCCAGAUUCACUUAACAGCUGCAUGAUUCAUUUAACAACCAUGGUGAGAAAGAUCAUAAAAUGGGCAGUGGCUCAUUUAAUGACCACAUCACUUGAGGACAGAAGUCCCAGUCCCAAAUUUGGUUAUAAGUUGAGAACUACCUGGAUUUCAGCUUCCCAGAAUCCCCCAAUCAAAAGAGUAUUGGCCACCAAUGAGAUGACUCUGCUUCAAACAGCCCCCCCCCCAAUCUUUUGCUCCAGAAAUUCCUUGCAGCCUUAAAGACUCAACACUUUGAACAAUUUUAGGCUGUUUCCUUCACCCACCCAGUCCCUACAAAAAUAAAAAUCUGUGUAAACUCA